CCAAGCGGACACCAAAGAUCAGUCAUAGGUGUCGCCUAAACGUUUAUUUCAUCGAGGAAAGAAAAUCGAAGUCUUCGCUACCAUGGAUGAAAUGGGUACACCAGGAGGAUAUUGUGGGUCAUCCAACACAAGCCCAGCAGCAAGCAACAACGUACAGAGCCUUGCCUUAUUCGAAAAGCUGCAACACCAGAUUCCAGGAUUUGAAAACAUCCCAUCACCUAAAGGCCUGUCCCAACAAAAAAGUUCAGAUCAGAGAAUAAAAGAGCCUUUGAAAGGUGUGUCAAGGAGCAAUUUGUUUGUGCAGUGCAUCAACAGAGGUGGUGUAGAAAAGGGUCUUCAGACUGAUGAGCAGGCAAGUCAUACAGCACAGUCUGUCCUAGGUAAUCAGCAACUUGAGGGAAAGGUGUAUACCUAUGAACACACAGGUUAUCCAUCACCUGCUCUCUCAAAUACAGCUCCUUCACAGCAAAAUGGCACCUCUUUCAACUCAUAUCUGCAGUCAGAACAAACACAACAAGCAUAUGGGUAUCCUGUGAAUCAUCAAGCUUAUGUUACCUAUCCACAUCCACACAGCUAUAUGUCACGGAGGUAUGGAACUCCUGGUGUCGGUCAGGAUGUUAAUGCAAAAGACAUUCAAAACCAACCAAAGGGAAAUCAGCCAUUUCAGUAUGGGUGGCAAUUUGACAAUGUAGACCGAGAUGUAAGGCAAGACGGUAAAAGAGGAUAUGACAGGGUCAAAGGUUCUACAGGAAGGGGCAUUAAUAGAAAUAGUUACAAUGAUAGAGAUGUUAACAGGGGAACCCACUUGGGUAGAAAUAAUGACAGAGGAAGAGAUAGAAGAAGUGACAUGGAAAGGGGUUUGGGUAGAAAUGCUAACAGAAGAACUGACACGGAUAGAAGACGUGAGCAUUCUUUUGAUGGAGAGAGAGGUUCAUCUGCGGGGCAAAGACGUUCCCCUGUAAGAGAAAGACAUUCAGCUGGAAAAAAGAGCUCAACGUCUGGAGAGAUUACUAAAGAAAGAUCUGAAGGACAACCUGAGGAAAGGAAAAUGUUCACUCGGGCAAGAGAAACGCCAUCACUUGAAAAUUUAAAGAAAAAGAAAUCAGAGUAUGAAUCACGUCUUCAAAAAUUGCAAGAUGAGAUUAAUUCCUUUGAUCAGAAUUCAGAAACACAGGAUUCAAAUUCCAAAUCUUCUGUCUUCAAAAGACCACUUGCUCCUCCUCCUGUUGCUAAAUCAACGUCAGGAUUUUCAGAUGCAUCAGGCCCUCCAAGUGAAAAGCAAAGAAAGUUUUCUAAGGAUUUCACCGCAGUUGCACCGCCAGUAUUUCAGGAUGUAAAGCCUAAUAAAAAGUCAAAGAGAGAGGGAAUGGAUCCAGAUGUGGUGAAAACUACUUCUGCUGAAGCUACCAGUACCUGUGAUGCUGAGAAGGCUUUGAUUGCAGAGGCCUCUGCCUCAGCAAAACCAAACAAUAAUUCUUGGGUCAGAGGUCCACGACAACCAUGUCAGGGGGGUACUGUUAGUGACUUUAUAGCUAACUUUAUAACCAUGGUAUGCAAGUCCAAAGACGGAGUACAAAUAGUAGCUGGCAAGUACAAGUUGCCAGGAAAUUGUAUUGGGCUUUUGCCACCAAGGAUGAUACAGGAUGUUUGGAGUAUUCUAAAGAAACCCACCCAAACAAGGGAUGAAAUGUUGCAAGAUGUGGAGAGGUGGUUGGCACUUAGUGUUAUUCCUAUUGUAGUAUUGAUCAGUAUGUUUGGAAAGGGUCCACAACCUUUGAAGGACACUCGUCGCAUGACAAGUGAUGCUCUGACAGUUUUGGGAUAUGUUUGUCGCAGCAUGUCUAUUAAACGAAGAUUAUUGAUGCGCAGUGCAUUAAACAAGAAGUAUGCUCUGUUGUGCAGGACAUCCAAUUGUAUGUCUGAUUACAUCUUUGGGGACAACGUAGCAAAUGAUCUCGUUGAAAUCAAACUUGGAACCUACAAUGUACCAAAAUCCAAUGAAGAAGAUAAUGAUGAUAUCUUUGCACUAAACUACAAGAUGAAAUUCUGUGCUGCUCUUGCUUUGAUUGGUCCUGAUGCUGAUGUUAAUGUGGCAGGCAUGGUCAAUAUGGCAUGCGCCAAUGAUGGAGCUGUUGAGGAUUUGAGAGAGAAAUAUCCGAUCCCUUCAAAUUGCAACUGCCUUCUCCCAUCAAAAAUAAAUCCAGAGAUCUGGAGUCUAUUAUCCCCAUCUGGGUUGAACAUAGACCAUCGACUGCAGGAUGUCCAUCUAUGUAUUGCAGAGGGGAUGAUUCCCCUGAUGAAGCUCCUACAAUCAGUCCAUGAUAAGAAGUAUGACCCUAAUGUAGCCCUGAGUAGUCUUACAGAUGCCUUGACACUUCUUGGCAAUUCCAUUUUCCAACUUAACAAAGUGAGAAUGGAUCUGAUGAUGAAGACCCUUCCUGAAGAAGCCCAUGGUUUUUGUCGCUGGUAUUGGGCUGGGGCAGAAGAGGUUUUUGGUGAUCGUUUGGAAGAGGAACUUCAAGUUCGUGAUAAGUCUGACAAGAGCAAGAUGGCGGAAGUUAUGUUAGAGAUAGUGAAGUCACAGAACACCAAACACAGCAGUGUCUCAGCAGGGUCCAGCUCCACUGGAAUCUUAAGAAGAUGAGAACUGAAAUGUUAAGACAAGCACGUCUGUGACAAGUUUAGUGAUCAGGUAUUCCCCAACCUUGUCUAAUACAAGGACACUAACAGAGGUCAUAUUGAUAAUGUGCUUUUGUCAAAGAGGCAGAGUGAGUUAUUUGUAUUAAUAGACCUUUCUGUGUAAAAUAUUGUGAUGAAUGUUGAUUCUUCAUGUUAAGAUAGAUGCUGUUGUUUCAUCAUGUUCUUGCUUGGUAUUUGCUACUGUGCAGAGGUAAUACUACUGUUGCUGCUGUUUAGGUAGCAAUCAGGUUCGUUAAAUAAUACUUUACAAUCAGUUUGUAAACUCAGUGUAAUUUACAAUGUACAGAGGGGCGGUGGGUUCGCCUACUGGUUAAAGUGUUUGCUCGUCACGCCUAAGACCCAGGUUCGAUUUCCCCACAUGAGUACAAUGUGUGAAGCCCAUUUCUGGUGUCACCAGCCGUGAUAUUGCUGGAAUAUUACUUAAAAGCGGCGUAAAACUAGACCCACUCACUGACUAUAAUGUACAGAUGUUUGAAAUGCUUUUAGUGAGUCAGUGAACAUGGCUUAUUAAUAAGCAGAGCUACAGAUAACUUUUUUAGCCAUUGGGUUAUGUACUUGCUUGUGUUCAUCUCAAUUGGGUAUCCUAAUUUUCCUUUGACUUUGAGUAACCAAAUAUAUUGUAAUCACCUCACAGAAACUCAAUGGGUUAUUUUGCCAUUUUCCAUUAAUUUUAAAAAUAUAAUAACGUUUAAAUGUUAGUGUUUGUUAUUUAUAUUUGAUCCGAUAUGAGAACCGAUAAGAAAGACUGCAAGUUGCCAAGUUCAUGUCCUGAAAUAGAACCUCUCAAUAUACUGCAGUUAUUUUUCUAUCUACCCCACCUGUACGCAAGCUAAAAUUUGACAUUCUUGUGUGUACGCGUGUAAGAUCACAUUUACUGAGUAUUUACAAAAAUUCAAAUGUACCUGUACGCAGUAGACUUAAUAGGAAUUGAGUUUUCAUAUAAAUAUUUGCGUAAUUUACGCAGAUACGCAGCUUAUCUCUGAUGAGAUUCAACUAUUCAUUGGAAGAGAUACCAAUGCAGAUGUACUAUUUUGUAAAUCCAGGUAUGUCUUUAUUAACAAUAAAAUAUAUUUUACAAGUUAA